AUGGAAAUUCAUUUUUCAUACUCAUCGUUGGAGUGGAAUACAAUCAAAAUAUGCAUAUGGCGUAUACAAAAAAUUUAUGAUGAUUCAUCCUCAAACUCGUCGUCUGAGGAUGAGUUUGAAGAUCUUUUAUUUUUGGAGUAUGAAAGAAAACAAUUCGAGCGAGGAUCAAUGUCACAUACUGGUUCUCAUCGACAAUGUUCGGUCAUUAAUUGUAAUCGAGUGCAAGGUCAUGAACGCAUUUUCAAUGAUUAUUUUACAAAAUCACCAGUCUAUAAUGAUGUUAUGUUUAGAAGGAGAUUUCACAUGAAUCGAGCUCUAUUUCUUCGCAUUCGAUCCACAAUAGAAAUGCAUGAAACAUAUUUUCAACAACGAAGAGAUGUAGCCGAUAGACUGGGGUUAUCUUCUCUUCGAAAGAUAACUGCAUCAUUGAGGAUUCUUGCUUCCGGAGUUAUUGUAGAUUUCAUGGACAAAUAUGUGAGAAUUUCAGAAAGUAUUGCUAUUGAGAUUUCAUGGACGAUCACAUGUUUUUUCUAA